AUGUCUAGCUCAUAUAAUCCAGCUAUAUUAGCAUUAACCGUAGACUCAGAUGGAGAUGCCUUUUUCUCAAGUAUAUUCUUGUACAUCGGGAGUCGGUAUGAAAGAAUCCAGGACCAUGUCGACGAACGGACUGGGUGCAUUAUCGAUCCAGAUGACUCCUCAAACAUAUCCAUCCUUAACGCGCUCCAACAUGAGCUAAACGAAGCGAUUGCCCAGUUCUCGCACUUGUCGGCAUCGACUCGAAGCAGCUCAUCUCUCGCUUCGGCUAGCGAGGGAUUUCCGACAUCAUUAGGUGAAGGCCAUGAGAGCCACAGACCCGGUCUUGAUCUGAGAGCUGAACAGCCCCUCAUCCUAGAAGGUCUGCACGUCCAGCCUCUUCAGCGAGUCUUAAACGCCAGUAGUGAAUAUCCGCCUCGUAUCUCGGGCCUCAUUGUGUCUAGAACAGCUGGCCCUAGGACGCUUCAGUUGGAUAGAAUCUCUGAAGAGCUCGGCUACUUCGACGUUCCGAUAUUCGCGGAAUGGGACAACCCGUUAGCCACGUGCGAAUACCCGCAGCCUCGUUUUCCACCGGCCCCCGAAGUUUUGCCCGCACACAACUCAAUAAGAAGAGCACCCGCGACGCGUGCAGUUGGCUUCACCGCACGACGCGCUGAUAGAGGCCUCGCUGCGCCUCCUCCUCUUCUACAACUUCAACACUUGUCAGUCUCUACAACAGCACACCGCAACAGAACUGUCAGUCCCGACGUGCUCCUCUCGAAGAUGAGCCUGGAAGAGCUUAGCGCAAGAUUGCCAGCGUCGCCAAACAUGUUAGACGAGGAGCUGGCCAGUCCAGAGGAGAGGGAGCGGGCUUUCGAUCUGGCUUUGAGGUUGUUGGAAGGAAGAGAUAACGAUAACGAGGGCGACGACGAGCACGAUGAGCAAGAGCAGCAAGAGCAGCAAGAGCAGCAAGAGCAGCAAGAGCAGCAAGAGCAGCAAGAGCAGCAAGAGCAGCAAAAGGACCAAGAGGAGCCAUCUGACGCUGGACUGGGACAUGGACAGAUCUUCUCGCACGAUAUUCACACCACCAUUCACCAGCCGGCGACACCACCCUUACCUACCGUCUACGAGCAGGAGUAUCCUUCGAACGCCUACUCCUAUGCCGAACCGGCUUCUCCUUUAGCCGUCCACUCCCAAGGCUUCCCCUUCCCUCCUAGGACCUUCGCACCGCUCCAAGAGUCACACUCCCGCUCCGACCCCACGGUCAACGGCUACCUCGCCAGCCUCCCCGACCGCGCCUCCGCCAUGACGGACCCCAACAACUCGCACCGGUCCACGAACCCGUCCUCGGAAUGGUCCUUCAACUCAAACUCCCUCCCCUCGCACCUCUCCGCCCUCCGGCUCCCCAGCUACGGCGACAGUAGCAUCCCUCCACCCCUCCCACCCCGCCACGGCGGCCGUGCGCACCAGUUCUCCAACUCUAGCAACCCGGGCCGCACCACCACCACCACCAGCGGCAGCGCCACGUCCUCGACGCGCUCCCAGGCCGCGCUCGACGCCGAAGUGCGCUUCAAGUACGCGGUGCAGCACGCCGUCGCCGCGUUCCAGGCGGACCACGCGGCGUUGCUGGCCGAAGGGCGGCGCACGGGCAGCCCGAUCAUCCCGGUCGAGAUCACGAAGAAGUUGACGCAGACGGCGCAGGCGAUUCUGGACCUGGAGAGGGAAUAUACGCGCCGGGAGUAUGCGCCCAAGGCGCGGAUUGAUGAUGAUGAGGCGCUUGAUGCGGUACUGCAGGAGCUGAGGGAGCUGAGGGCCGCGGAGCGGAGGGCAAAAGAGGCGAUGGCGAGCAUGGGUAUCGGGGGCAUGAGGAGUCCGGAGGCUACUGCUGGUCUGAGGAGCCCGAGGCCAUCUCUCCAGAAGAAGAGCUCGCAAUUCAACAUCAAGAAGUCUUUCACGAAGGCUAUGAGCUUCUUUGAUCCGGAGCGGAAGAGCGGCAGUCCUGGCAGUCUGGGCAGCGAGAGGAAGACCUCCCGGGGUGGCGAGAGCGAGCGCAGCAGCAAGUAAGUUUGCUUUCUAGUUUGCAGCGUGCCUCUUUCCUUUUUGCUUUCCUGCAUGGCGUGGUGUGGCGGCUGUGGGGUUGGCAACAGGGGGGGGAAUAAUGGGCAUAGGAUGGCGAGAUUUGAGAGCUGGUUGCUUGGGGUUGG